GCCGCCUCUGCUCUGAUCCUUCUCCAUUGCUGAAUGAAGGCUCAGUGCCAUCCAUCGUCGAGCUGAGGAGCUCCGAUCCCGCCGGCCGGCCAUGGAGAUUCAACAACUCGACAACGAAUAUUCUCCAGACAAGUUUGCCAGCCUCGCUCUUGCGCCCAAAGGCCGCACAGACUCUCAGGAAGGCCGCUGGAGAGCGCAGGAGAAGUCCAUCGAUGACUGGCUUCCGAUCAACGCCAAGAGGAACGCCAAGUGGUGGUACGCCGCCUUCCACAAUGUCACCGCCAUGGUCGGCGCGGGCGUGCUAAGCCUUCCCUACGCAAUGUCCGAGCUCGGCUGGGAGGCUGGCAUCACGGUGCUGAUCCUGUCAUGGAUCAUCACGCUGUACACCUUGUGGCAGAUGGUGGAGAUGCACGAGAUGGUGCCGGGCAAGCGGUUCGACCGGUACCACGAGCUGGGGCAGCACGCCUUCGGCGAGAAGCUGGGGCUCUGGAUCGUCGUGCCGCAGCAGCUGGUGGUGGAGGUGGGCUUGAACAUCGUGUACAUGGUCACCGGCGGCCAGUCCCUGCAGAAGUUCCACGACGUGGUCUGCCCCGACUGCAAGCACAUCAAGCUCACGUAUUUCAUCAUGAUCUUCGCCUCCGCCCACUUGGUGCUCUCCCAGCUCCCCAACUUCCACUCCAUCUCUGGCGUCUCCCUUGCUGCCGCUGUCAUGUCGCUUUGUUACUCGACGAUCGCAUGGAUCGCGUCAGCAGCCAAGGGGAAGUCGGCGGAGGUGGACUACCACCUUCGUGCGACGACGACACCAGGGAAGGUGUUCGGCUUCUUCGGUGCACUUGGUGAUGUGGCCUUCGCGUACGCAGGGCACAACGUGGUGCUAGAGAUCCAGGCGACCAUUCCAUCGACACCGGGGAAGCCGUCUAAGAAGCCCAUGUGGAAGGGUGUUGUCGUCGCCUACAUCAUCAUCGCGAUAUGCUACUUCCCCGCCUCGCUCGUUGGUUACUGGGCCUUUGGCAACCAAGUCAAUGAUAACAUCCUCAUAACCCUCAACAAACCAAAGUGGCUCAUUGCCCUCGCAAACAUGAUGGUCGUUGUCCAUCUCCUUGGCGGUUACCAGAUUUACGCAAUGCCGGUGUUCGACAUGCUAGAAACGGUGCUGGUGAGGAAGUUUUGGUUUCCCCCAGGCCUAAUGUUGCGUCUGAUUGCCCGGACUGCCUAUGUUGCGUUCACGAUGUUCGUAGCCAUCACCUUCCCCUUCUUCAAUGAAUUGCUCAGUUUCUUCGGUGGAUUCGCCUUUGCACCGACAACUUAUUUCCUUCCUUGCAUCAUGUGGCUCACAGUCUACAAACCCAAAAGGUUCAGCCUCUCAUGGUUCACCAACUGGGCGUGUAUUGUUAUCGGAGUGCUGCUGAUGGUACUAUCACCAAUUGGAGGACUCCGUCAGAUCAUUUUGAAAAUCAAGACGUACAAAUUCUACCAAGAUUACCCCCAGAAAUGAUUAAUUCAACACAAACCCAAGCCAUAGUUAACAGACCCUCAGACAUAUGCCUCGGACCAUCAUCAGCUAAAACAGGUUUUGUGAAAUUCCAUUUUGUUUUUUCCACGACAAAAGAAAAUCACACUAGGCAGUGAAGUUAGUCGGAUCCUUUGCGAACCGAUUACCAACACCUAAUUUGAACUUGCCAUGCCAAAAGAUAUGGGAAUGUCACAUAUCCAAUUCAAGAUUCUAGCUGAUGAUGAUCCAUGACAUACAUUUCACAAUUCCAUUAAUUAUGUGACUAACCACAAGACGGUUUUGAGUUAUCAUAUAUGCAUGUAUAUGUCAUGUUUGUCAAUAUUUUAGGGAAAAGUUGGUGUAUUUGUGUGUAAGGGAGAAAAAAUGUUGGUGGUUUGUAUUUCCUUCAUCCACAUAUAGUUCAUUGUGUUUAGAUUGGACUUCUGAGAGAAUGAUCUAUAGUUGGGCAAAUGAAAGAGCGGCUAGAGAAUGAUUCUUUGUAAUGGAUGAUUAAACACUCUAGGUUGACCCAAGGAUUGUGAUUAGUUCAUGAUCUACACACCAUGUUAUAUUUAAUGUAUCGCAAGGUAGAUCACGAAAGUGUAAAAAUUAGGGUAAAAUGUGUACAAGAACUAAUGUUAGCAAAAAUAAUGGCACCAAGAACUAUACGUAUCUUGAAAGUGCAAAAAUUUUUUAGAUUAUGGAUAAGAAUCCGGCCUCUAUAUCCAUAGUUGGAUAUAUGCAACCAAACAAAAUACAUUGAGUACUUAGACUCCAACCCUCAACACUGAGGAACUCAAACAACAAGAAAAAAAAGCUAAAGACUAAGUGAGAAAACAAAGACUAAGCUUCGAUCUUCUUCCAUAUCUUGCUUCCAACUUGUAUUGCCCACACUCAGCAACUAUUUUUCACCUCUCUCCUCCUUAGGGACAGGAGAUGAUGGGAUUGUUACUGGUACAAUAAUCGCGAUCUCGACCACAGCAUCGCAGGGCUCAACACCUCCAUGGUGACGUCCCCAUGGCGUAAGCGACGUCAAUACUGCCACCGCUGCCGCCGCCACCAGAACCAACCUAGUAGUUCAUAGGUUUUCACCUGGAGAAGAAGACAGCAAGAUCCUUUCAACGACGCUUUCAAGAAGGGAGCGAUGCACAACCACCACCGUCGUCGAUCAAUACAGGAUCGAGAAGAGCUUUCACCCAAGAGAUCUGCCAAGAGCUCCCACUAGGACCUACCGUAGGUAGCCAUCCCAGGGGCUCCCCACGGUGGCGGUCACCGAAGGUGAAGAAGACGCCCUCCACCUGGAGCUCAGCCCAGGAGAGGUCAGCUCCGCCGCGGGCAGUCGCUACCUUGGGCCGCCACCGCCACGGAUUUGGGCAUCCGGCCCCCACUAGCACCCUCCAUGGAUCUACCAAGGGGUCCCAGCGGCCAGGGCAGCAUUGGAUUUGGGUUUGCUGGCGCCGGAUCUGGGCAUCCCGGGCGUUGGCCACCGCCAGCAGCCACCACAGUAGCAUCAGGAGAUGAGAAGGUGGGGGAGAUGUGGAGGUGGAAGAGGGGGUUCGUGGGGAAUGAGUGCGCCCGCCGCCGCCCUCAUCACAGUCGGACAGACUUCUGCCAGCAAGCUCCAGCGGCGGUGAGGAGGAAGGGGUGGCGCUUGAGGUGAGGGGGUGGCGCCGCCCCAAGUCACCCGGGGGCGACGCGGGGGCCAAGCGAAAAAAUGUCUCCAAAAACAUAUGACAAUAACGAUGACAUUUGCACUGUUGUUGUUGUUGGAUUUUGACUUGGCAGCCACCUACAUUUAGGUGGAUAUUCAAGGAAGAGGCGAAGGACGAGAACUAGGAGGAUUCCAACAUGGAUUUUGAUAGCAAUAGUGAGACAAAGAUGAUGACGAGGUGGUCGAUGAUGAGAGUAGUGGAUAUGAUGAAGAGAGGGCUGUUGUGUCUUCUCAUGUAUUAGUCCUUUCUCGAACAAUUGUGAUCGUUUGACA